CCGAGAGCCAGUCAAUGAGAAGCGGCCAGGGAGGCGUGCCCCGGCUGCAGUCAGGGUUGGGUGCACCCUUGGGCGGAUGGCCCGGGAAGCAGAGUGGGUUCUCUGGGAGCGUCCGUCAGCUAUUUGAAUAUCAUCAAUUAUCACCCCUUUGAUGUCAAGAUGACUAAACUUGGAUUUUUGCGAUUGUCCUAUGAGAAGCAGGACACACUUCUGAAGCUUCUCAUCCUGUCAAUGGCUGCUGUGUUAUCUUUUUCAACUCGUCUCUUUGCUGUCCUGAGAUUCGAAAGUGUUAUCCAUGAGUUUGAUCCGUACUUUAAUUAUCGGACUACCCGGUUUCUGGCUGAGGAAGGGUUUUAUAAAUUUCACAACUGGUUUGAUGAUCGAGCCUGGUACCCUUUGGGACGAAUCAUUGGAGGAACAAUUUACCCAGGCUUAAUGAUCACCUCUGCUGCAAUCUACCAUGUACUCCAUUUUUUCCACAUCACCAUAGACAUCCGGAAUGUCUGUGUUUUCCUGGCCCCUCUGUUCUCCUCCUUCACUACCAUCGUCACAUACCACCUUACCAAAGAGCUCAAGGAUGCAGGAGCUGGGCUUCUUGCUGCUGCCAUGAUUGCUGUAGUUCCUGGAUAUAUUUCUCGAUCUGUAGCUGGUUCCUAUGAUAAUGAAGGAAUUGCUAUCUUUUGCAUGCUACUCACCUAUUACAUGUGGAUCAAGGCAGUGAAGACUGGCUCCAUCUAUUGGGCAGCAAAGUGUGCCCUUGCUUAUUUCUACAUGGUCUCUUCAUGGGGAGGUUAUGUGUUCCUGAUUAAUUUGAUCCCUCUUCAUGUCCUGGUACUGAUGCUGACAGGCCGUUUUUCCCACCGGAUAUAUGUUGCCUACUGCACUGUUUACUGCUUGGGCACCAUUCUUUCUAUGCAGAUAUCCUUUGUGGGUUUCCAGCCUGUCCUUUCAUCAGAGCACAUGGCAGCCUUUGGAGUCUUUGGUCUCUGUCAGAUCCAUGCCUUUGUGGAUUACCUGCGCAGCAAAUUGAACCCACAGCAAUUUGAAGUUCUCUUCCGGAGUGUCAUCUCCCUGGUUGGCUUUGUUCUACUCACCGUGGGAGCUCUCCUCAUGCUGACAGGAAAAAUUUCUCCCUGGACAGGGCGUUUCUACUCACUGCUGGAUCCUUCUUAUGCUAAGAACAACAUCCCCAUCAUUGCUUCUGUGUCUGAGCAUCAGCCCACGACCUGGUCCUCCUACUAUUUUGAUCUCCAGCUCCUUGUCUUCAUGUUUCCAGUUGGUCUCUAUUACUGCUUUAGCAACCUGUCUGAUGCCCGGAUUUUUAUCAUCAUGUAUGGUGUGACCAGCAUGUAUUUUUCAGCUGUAAUGGUGCGUCUAAUGCUGGUAUUGGCACCUGUUAUGUGCAUUCUUUCUGGCAUUGGUGUCUCCCAAGUGCUGUCCACAUAUAUGAAGAAUCUGGAUAUAAGUCGCCCAGAUAAGAAGAACAAGAAGCAACAGGAUUCUACAUACCCUAUUAAGAAUGAAGUAGCAAGUGGAAUGAUACUGGUCAUGGCUUUCUUUCUCAUCACCUACACUUUUCAUUCGACCUGGGUGACCAGUGAGGCCUACUCUUCUCCUUCCAUCGUACUGUCUGCCCGUGGUGGUGAUGGCAGUAGGAUCAUUUUUGAUGACUUCCGAGAAGCAUAUUAUUGGCUUCGUCACAAUACUCCAGAGGAUGCUAAGGUCAUGUCAUGGUGGGAUUAUGGCUACCAAAUUACAGCUAUGGCAAAUCGGACAAUUUUAGUAGACAAUAACACAUGGAAUAAUACCCACAUUUCUCGAGUAGGGCAGGCAAUGGCGUCCACAGAAGAAAAAGCGUAUGAAAUCAUGAGAGAGCUUGAUGUCAGCUAUGUGCUGGUCAUAUUUGGAGGCCUCACUGGUUAUUCAUCUGAUGAUAUCAACAAGUUUCUUUGGAUGGUCCGGAUUGGAGGUAGCACAGAUACAGGAAGACAUAUCAAAGAAAAUGACUACUAUACUUCGACUGGGGAAUUCCGUGUGGACCGUGAGGGUUCUCCAGUGCUGCUCAACUGCCUUAUGUAUAAAAUGUGUUACUACCGCUUUGGGCAAGUCUACACAGAAGCCAAGCGUCCACCAGGCUUUGACCGUGUCCGAAAUGCUGAGAUUGGUAAUAAAGACUUUGAGCUUGAUGUCCUGGAGGAAGCAUACACCACAGAACAUUGGCUGGUCAGGAUAUACAAGGUAAAGGACCUGGAUAAUCGAGGCUUGUCAAGGACAUAAAUGUCACAUCGAACUCUGAUAAGCUUCGCACUGAGUGCGUCAUAUUGAGGACGCUGAAGAUUUUUUUAUAUGUAGUUUAAGAACAGAGCCGGAUGGGAUUAGAAUGGUCCGGAAGUUUUGCCCUGGACAGUAUGGGCUGGGCCAAUUGAAAUGAUUUUUAUAAUUCUGAGCAGGUUACCAAAUGAUAUGUCAUGGCUUUACUUUGGUCAAUUAAAGGGGGGGAUUUUUUUUUUAAUGUGCCUUAUUAUUUUUUUUAAUGACUUAAAUCUGCUGAUUUGAGAAACAACACAAAAGUAUAUGCUGGGUUAAUGGACAGAUUGGAGACCUUAUUCAUGUUCUAGGUCCCUAAGUGAACCAAAUAGGGGCAUUCUUUCUCUUUCCUGUUAGGAAAACUCAAGGACUAGCUCUGGUUCUACAUAUAUAAACAACUUUGUCAUACUGUUUUGUUGCACCUGAUAUGAUGCUUUGCAUACAGUGGGUGCUUAAUAAAUUUUUAUCAAAUGAAUAAAUGUUUAUGGGACCAGAGAAGUGCUAUUUCUGGGCAAGAAAGGCAGCUUUCUUGCUAUUAUGUCUUUGUUCUCAAUAUCUCUUCCCCUUAGAAGCUCUGACUUUAUAAGGACAGAAAGUUAUUAGGUAACCCCGACUUCACCAGUGUUCUGAACUAUGAGGGUUUUUUAGUUUUUAGAGCAGAACUAAACCAAAUGUGACUGACCAGUAGUUCCGAAGACUCAGUGAAACUGUUGUCAGUUUGAGAGGAAGGUAUUCUUCCAACAUGUUUAGAGGUUAAUUAUGUGUACCUGUUUAAAAUUUAGGUUUUCAGUACUUCACUUAACCGAUGUAUGAUGCAACAAGUGGCUCUUUGCUCAUUUCCUUUAGACUACACUAAAACUUUCGAGGUUAUUCAAAGUUGAGCUUUUCUUAGUGGCAAACUGUUCUGUUUAUAUACCACUUCAAGCUUGGUUACCUGGUUUUGAAGCCCUUACAAAAUAUGUAAAUAGGAAGAGGAAAGCAUUCCUAUUAGCAGAGAAUUGGGAUCAUUGCCAGCCUGACUACAAGAAAAGAGAAACUUAAAAAAAAAUUUUUAACUUCAAAGCACAAAGGUCACAUAGAUAUUUAAUGCCGGGAUAAACAACUUUCUGUUAAGCACAGUAGGAUAUUUCAUGUAUUUUACAACAUAAGACAUAAUUAUUGAUGUAUAUAAACCCUAUCUGUCUAGUGUUACCUGUUAAGAAAAUGAGGAAUUAUGCCACUUUUGGAUAGCCACAGUUGCACUCACAGUGCAUGUGCUUGGGCAUACUUUCGUACCUAGGGACUUCACCUUCCAAGACAGUUUGUACCAUGUAUUUCAACUGUGGUUGAAAUUUAGAUUUAAUAGAUUUGAUUUCCUAUAUCAAAUAUAUUAAUUUAUGUGUAGAAUUAUUCCCUAGUGGGAAAGGUUAUUGUGAGAUUUAUCAACAUGAUUAAUAUUACAGGUUAUUAGUGAGAUUUCUCUAUAGUAUAAAUGAUAACAACCCUUUUUCCUAUAAUUUUGACUCCUAGGAUUUUGUUUAAAAAUUGCUUUCAUUUUCAGUGAUAGUCCACUUUAGUGUAAAACAAAAAAAAUCCAUUUAAAGAGCAACAAUACAAUUUUCACUUUUCCCACUACCCAGAGACUGGCACUUUCAGCUCUGCUGAGUCUCACAUUACUUGCCUCUUAAUCAUUAAAUGACUUGCUUUAUGUUUUGA